UUGCGAUUUUAAAAUAUCGCCGAGAUCUCCCCCGAAAAAAGAAAACUAUGGCCGAUUGUUCGUUUGCCAGAUGUCUGCAAGAGCGUCGGCUCAUCAAACGGGAGCUAUUGAAAUGGACCAAGGAUAUGCUGCACAUUGUGGGCCUAGAACGCGUUGCUGAAGAAUUUAUGGGUCGCAGGCAAUGGAAACAUUAUCAAGAGCAACUGACGCGCAGCCACUUGAAUAUCGAGGAGCAACAGCCCAUAGCAAUAGCCGGUUCCGAGGACGAGCCACCGCAAUACAAGCACAGCAGCACGGAGAGCAGUCAGGGCAACCCCAACCACUGUAAAACCGAGAACCACCGUCUAGAGCAGCACCACAACGGCAGCCUGCAGCUGGAAGAGGAUUUUGAGAACAACCAAACAUCACACGAUUCAUCACGUACACCAACGCCGGGAGCCACCAGUACACCAUCACCACCGCCAGAACCCAACGAUUGGAGACCGUCGGCCAAGUGCAAUUUCUGUGUUAACGGUCGCCUGCUAACGGUUAACGCCCAGGGCGAAUUGGUGGCCGAAACAGCAGCAGCAGCCACUAGUAGUAGCACUAGUAAUAACCACAUUCAUCAGCACGACAGUGACAGCAACUCGAGCGCAUCACUGCCCCACCAGAGCAGCAAUAACAACAACAAUAAUACCAGUGGCAACAGGACUCGCCACAUUGCUGCGGCAACAGCAACACCAGCAGCAACAGCGGCAACAUCCGCCAAUUCCCUCGAACUGUACAAGCUGCUGACCCAGCGGGCAGCCAAAAUGACAUCGAUGGACUCGAUGGCCGCCCAGCUGGCGCAAUUCUCACUGCUGGCCGACUUCAAUCUGAUCAACUCGCUGGCCAGCCAACAGCAGCAGCAGCAACAGCAACAGAUCGCUAGUUCGGUAACGCCAACUACCUCAGAAGUAUCUGCAGCCGCAAUCAGUCCCGCACUCAAAGAUACGCCCAGUCCCAGUGCCGAUGCACCGCUCGAUCUUAGCAGCAAGCCAUCGCCGAACUCAUCGAUUAGCGGCGAUGUGAAGUCCGUCAGAGCCUCUGCCACGCCCACGCCGUCGGGAAGGAGGGCGUACAGCGAGGAGGAUCUGAACCGGGCGCUGCAGGACGUGGUGGCCAACAAGCUGGGUCCCCGGAAGGCGGCCAGCCAGCACCAUGUGCCGCGCUCGAUUCUGGUCAACCGGCUGUUCAAGAUGCAGCACGACCUCGACCAGGAUGUCGAGGAUGGGGAGGAGCGCGAGCCCGAGGACUCCAACGACGAUGGCGAAGCGGAGGUGGACAGCAAUGCCUCGACGCCGGCGCCCUCGUAUCCGGCGGACUUUGCCAGGUCGCAGCUGCGCAAGCUGAGCCACCUGUCGUCCGAGCACAAUGGCAGCGAUCUCGGCGAGGAUCUCGAGAGGGGAUCGCCCAAGAUGGGGCGGCAUUCGGGGGGCGGCGGCAAUGGCAAUGCCAGUGGUGGCAUUCAGCCCUCCAUUCCGCUGGACGCCAAUGUCCUGCUGCACACACUGAUGCUGGCCGCCGGAAUCGGGGCCAUGCCCAAGUUGGAUGAAACGCAGACGGUGGGCGAUCUGAUCAAGGGUCUGCUGGUGGCCAACAGUGGCGGGAUGAUGAACGAGGGACUGCUCAAUCUGCUGUCCGCCAGUCAGGAGAACAGCAACGGCAAUGCCUCGUUGCUGCUGCAGCAACAUCAGCAGCAGCAGCACCACCAGCAGCAGCAGCAACAUCCGAUAGCCGCCUAUCGACAUCGCCUGCCCAAAUCGGAGACUCCGGAAACGAACUCCUCGCUGGACGCCAACGAUGCCAGCGAGGAUCCCAUACUGAAGAUUCCGUCCUUCAAGGUCAGCGGUCCGGCCAGCAGCAGCAGCCUUUCGCCGGGCGGUCACCACCAGCACCACCAGCAGCAGCAUCACCAUCCGCUGAACAACAACAACAGCCUCAGCAUCAGCAACAACAGCAAUCACAGCAGCAGCAACAGCCACCGGAACGGCAGCAAUCGCAGUCCCCACUCCGCCUCGCCCAUGCUGGCGGCCGCCGUGGCCCAAGGAGGCUACGCCGGCGGCAAUAGCCUGCUGGCUUCCUCCUCUUCGAGCAUCCAGAAGAUGAUGGCCAGCAAUAUCCAGCGGCAGAUCAACGAGCAGAGCGAUCACGGCCUAAGGAACGGCAAUGCCAGCGAUUGCAGCAGCAACAAUGGGGGCUCCUCCUCCUCGGGUUUGGGCUUGGGCUACAAGAAGCCGAGCAUUUCGGUGGCCAAGAUCAUCGGGGGCACGGACACCUCGCGGUUUGGGGCCUCACCUAAUCUGCUUUCGCAGCAGCACCAUGGUGGCCACCACCUGAGCCACCAGCAGCAGCAGCAGCAGCUGAGCGCCCAGGAGGCAGCUGCUCUGGCGGCGGGCAAGGGAACGCGUCCGAAGAGGGGCAAGUACAGGAACUACGAUCGCGAUAGUCUGGUGGAGGCGGUCAAGGCGGUGCAGCGGGGUGAGAUGUCUGUCCAUCGGGCGGGCAGCUACUAUGGAGUGCCCCACUCGACGCUGGAGUACAAGGUCAAGGAGCGGCAUUUGAUGAGGCCACGCAAGAGGGAGCCCAAGCCGCAGCCCGAUCUGGUGGGUCUGACGGGACCGGCGAACAAGCUGCAGCUGGACAAGCUGAAGGCGGGUCCGCAUCCAAGCUCCAAGCUGAGCAACGCUUUGAAGAACCAAAACAACCAGGCGGCUGCAGCGGCGGCGGCGGCGGCAGCAGCAGCGGCAGCUGCCACGCCCAACGGACUGAAGCUGCCCCUUUUCGAGGCCGGGCCGCAGCAGAUGUCCUUUCAGCCGAAUAUGUUCUGGCCCCAGCCGAAUGCACCGAAUGCCUAUGGCCUGGACUUUAACCGUCUAACGGAGGCCAUACGAAAUCCACAGGGCUCCGCGAAUCAUCAUGGGCUGAUGAAGAGCGCCCAGGAGAUGGCGGAGAAUAUGUACGACGGGAUCAUCAGGAAGACGCUGUCGCAGUCGAGCGACAAUGGCGGCGCCAGUUCGGCCGGAAACGGAAGUAGCAAUGGCAACGGCCACGGACAUGCGCUGCUCGAUCAGCUGCUGGUGAAGAAGACCCCGCUGCCGUUCACCAAUCAUCGGAACAACGACUACGCAGCCACCUGCUCGAGUGCCAGCGGGGAGAGUGUGAAGCGGUCGGGCAGUCCCAUCGGCAACUAUGCGGACAUCAAGCGGGAAAGGCUGAGCGCCGACAGCGGCGGCAGCAGCGAUGAGGAGCACUCGGCCAGCCGGCACAGCCACAUCACGGCGAACAACAACAACAGCGAUCUGGCGCACAACAAGAACAAGGGAGGUGGUGGUGGCAAUGGCCAGGCCAAUGGCAACGGGCGGAGCAGUCGGAUGACCUCGCGGGAUGACUCGGAAACGGAUGCCAGCAGCCUGAAGAGCGGCGAAAGUGGCGGCCACCAGAAUCACCACAAAAUCAUGGAUCUCAAUGGCAGCAGCAGCGGUCACAUCAAGUGCGAAACGGAGGGGGCCGCUGGACACACGACACCGACCUCCUCGUCAGCCUCCUCCUCCAUACUGCACGAGAAGCUGGCGCAGAUCAAGGCCGAGCAGCUGGACCAGGCGGAGCAGUUAUAGGAGCAGCCAAUGGCCGCGAAUCCGGCGUUCGCCUGGCCACCGCUGGCCGCCCACUACUACAGCUUCUAGGUUCUCGAGAGAGCGGGGGGAACACCAAAUCAAGCCACGUUUUUUGAUAGUACCAUACAAAACACUAUAUAGAAAUAUAUAUAAAUAUAUAUCUAGAUAUAUGCCAGCCAGCUGACCGAAGUGGUAAAUGUGCGCUAGCCCUUAGUUAAAUGUGUAAUCAACUGCAUAGGAGAAAGGCAAAAAACAGAAGAAAAAAAACAAAAACAGCAAGCAAGGAAACAUACAUUUAUGCCCCGGUGUGUACAAUGUAUAUUUUUGUUUCGUUUUGACAAUCGACAAAUAGGCAUUCUCUUGUACAAACUUUCUUAAAAGCAAACAACAAAAAACAUAAAACAAAAAUCUAAAACCUUAAGACCAAAAAGAAAAACAAAAAACAUACUGAGCAAAACCAAGAACCAUUUUCAUUUUGCAUUUCGUUUUUGAACCGCAUUUUUGUGUUGAGUAUAUUUUUAUUGAACAGAAACAGCAGUCCAAUGGGAAUAUAUAUAAUAUAUAUAUAGCAGAAAUAUAUAGCCAACAGCAAAUCAGCAAAGCAGUUACAAGCCAACAACAACUUAAUCGACGUCUGUCUGGGCAGAUCCUUGGUCCUGGAGCAGGGAUUCUCGCACAUUCCAUAAGAUACUCUUAUGUUCCAUAUGUAUUUCUCUUCGAUUUACACAACUUUCUUACACAAGUUCAAAAUACCAGUCAAAUUCCCAGCUCAAAUGGGGCCAGGACCCCAGGCAGAUGUCUUCGACAUAGACAGAAAGAGUAUAGCCAACAACAACUACAAUAACUACAGCAGAGACCAUAACAACUACAACAACAACAUCAAUAUCCGAUCAAUAACAACAACCAACAAAACCAGCAAUAAUAAUACAAGACUCUACAAUACAAAGAAUAAACAGACACCAAAACAUUGAAAUAGCAAAAUUCAAAAGUGAAACCGAAAAAGAACAACAACCACAAAAAAACCAAAACAAAAUUAUCCACAAAAAUUCUACAUUUUUUAUGAUUUCAAAAGAGGAAAAUACAAACGGAAAUCAAUAAACAAAGCUGCCUUCACAUUUACAAAUUAAAUAAAUUAGUAAGCAAAGCGAGACAGAGCACACAAAAUAAUAAUUCAAAUUAAACGCAAAACGCAGAGUAAAAAGAAUGAAAAAUUCAAAAAUAAGAGCCCCAAAAUUUAACCUUUUAAUUUAGCAAAAUUAUAAACUCAAAAAUCCAAAUUGAAUGCCCAAAACAUUUUCAACUCACAUACAAUUUUACUUUCGUUUGAAGCAAUGCCACACACAUUGAACUAAAUUAAGCAAAAUUAAAAUGUUUCGGUGUUAAAAAAAUAUAAAAGAAAAAUGACAAAAAAAAAUUAUCUGUGUUUAGGCUUUAAAAAACGGAAAUUUCUAUCGAAAAUUUCAAGAUUUUGGCUUAAAAGUAAAAAAAUAAUUGUGAGAACACACAUUUCAUGUACAGUCGCCUAACCACCAAAAGUAAAAAGCAUAAAUAUAUAAAGACUUUAUAUUACUAUAUACCAUAUGAUAUAUAUUUGUAUAUUUAUGUAUGUGUGUGUCUUCAUCACUACGCGUAUACCUCAAACCAAACACAUGAUCAUUUUGAGCAACUAAAUAUAUUUAAAUGUACUUAUACACUCUACACACUCUUUUACAGGAGAGCAAAACAUAUUUACACAGUUUAUCCCCCCUAAUCUUUGGCCCUCCUUUCGACGUAUCUACAUUUCGUUUGACUUUGAAAUUCUAUCUAUGGGUAAACAACUAACUAAAUGUCUGCGUAAAUGAAAAUAGAUGAAAAAAUAUAUAAAUGUACCUAAAAACAUAUUUUGUGUGCUAGCUAGUAAGUGUCAAAAGAAAAACCAUACAAAAACGAUAUACAAUAUAUUUAAAAGGGGACAAAAUAAGGAAAAAUUGUCGGUAAUAUUUGAAAAUAUUUAGUAAAUUAUAAUACGGGAAAAAAUUAAAGAUAUGGCAAGGAAAAUUGUGGAAAAUUGUAUGCGAAAUGCGUUUAAGAAUUACAUGGAAAUCAUUUAAAGGCAUUUAAAAUAUUUAUAAUUUCCACGAUGCGAAUGGAUAAAAAAACUAUUUAUUGGCUAAUCUCCCAAAUUACAUUUGAUGUGCAUAAAUGUUGUGGUUUAGUAUCAAAAACAAACGGAAAACAAAAUUAAAAGUUAAGGCUUAAAAAUGUAAAAACAAAAUUACUUAAAUUAUGCAUUUGGUAUAAAGAGGAGAUUUCUGCAAACCAAAAGGAAUUAAAAAAUGUUUAUUAUAUGAAAAAAAUGAAGAGGGAAAAUAAGCGAAAGUAGGUAAAGAAUGAAUGGAAAUAAAUCAAAAAGUAUUUAUUGCUAAUUUAAUUAUAUUUGAAGUAUACAUAAAUAUUUAUUAUAUACAUACAUAUAUAUUAGACACACUAUCUGUGAUUAAUAAUCCAAAAUUUUGAAGAGCAUUUUCUGAAAUAAUGUUGGCUAGGCAUAUGCAAAAAGACAAAACCAAUGGAUAAAGAAAAACACACACCCCUGUAAAGAAAUUGUAGACAGAUCGGAUAACACCAAACUAAACCAAGCACAAGCUAAAGGACAAAUGCAGUUGAGCCCUGAAAUUGGAAUCUGCAUUUGGCCAAAAGAAUUUCUUAAGCUACGGCACACAUCACUAAAACAGCAACUGAAUACUGAAAAUAGAAAACAGUAAGCAGGAGACAAGCCCGAUGGUACUGUUCAGAACAUAUAUAGUUGUAUAUAUUUUGGAAUAAUGUUUACCAGUUCAAGUCAAAAUUAAAAGAAAAAAUAACGCAAAGUCUUUUAUAAUGCAAAAUUAUACAAAAUAAAAUUAUAAAGAAAAUUUCGCAACAUUAAAAAAACAAAAAUUGAUGUAUAAAAAAAGAAAAUCAAACUUAAAAUAAUAAACAAGAUAAAGUGCAAUUAUACGGUUUAAAUAAGCAAAUUUAAGAAACAAAUGUUAUAAAAAAAACGUGUUAAAACAAUGAAAAUAUUUCGAAGCAAGUUUAGCUAAAAAUUCCAAGGCAACUGAAAAUGACAAAAAAACCAAGAGAACAUUCACACAAACAGACAACAGGUCCUCAAGGUACAGUGCGUCUCAUAACCAAAAGACAUUCAAUAGAAUUCUUAAAAAGCUUGAUUUGUUAGCUUUGAUUAGAUCGAAACUCUAUUGAUUUUGGAAACUGAAACGCACUGCACAUCUGGACAAACAGCCCAACUAAUAUCAGAUCGAAAUCUGAAAACGGAAUUUAGGGCCUGAGAUAAAACCCUAACGAAGGAACAUAACUGCAGAAACCAAGUCGACAGUCGAAAUGUCAACCUAGUGGUAGGUCUAAACACAAAAACAAAACAAACCAAUCGAGUGUAUUUGAGUAACAGCUUGAGAAUGUUGAAUUGUAUAGAAUUUUUGCGUGUUCACCCGGUUGAGGGGGCGUGGUUACGCCCCCUAUUUAAUUCCAGGUGGGCAGGCGAAAACGCUCAGGUACGUGUUUUAUUUUUCGGAGAGAAACAAGAUUGAUUACCCAUACAUUACUUAUUCUUUGUUUUACUACAACAUAAUAGUUAAUAUUUGUAAAAAAUCGAUGAAAAGAAAACAAGCUAAAAAUUGAUAUAUUCAUAAUAUAAUUGUUUAAAAUGGUUUGAGAACGAGAAAGUAAAAGAGAAGAAAGAGAGAGUUUCUAGCGUGCUUAAUGAAAUUGCUCAUAUUUGUGUAUAAAAUCUAAUUUGUUCAAUGCGAAUCAAAAUUUGCUGAAUAUAAGUGCAUAUAUAUAAUUAGAGUUUAUUUUCGAGUUUAGUUUAGCGCAUAAAAUGAUUACGAUUACAAUUAUUAUUAAUUAUGAUCUAAACGUAGGCAAAUCAAAAUUUCUUCACAUAAAACAAUCAACUUCUAUUUUCAAAUAUUAUAUAGCAUUAACUAUAAUUAUUAUUCAUUAUUAUACCGACUAAAAAUAUUUAGCGCGUUGUUAGCCUCGAUUUAUGGUUUGUACAUAUUAGACAACAUUUUUAUGGUAUUCUCCUCUUUUUUUAUUAUUACUAGAAUUAUUACUCCCUAUUUUUAUUGACUUCUUAAAUGGGCAACAUCAUUUGAACUAUAGUGCAAUUGUUUCAAACAAAACCAAGCAACCAACAACAAAUAUAUUAACAUUAAAGAUUAAUAUAAUUUACAAGCUUUCUUUGCCGAUGCCAAGAAGGAUGAAUAAAGCAUAUGUUUACCGUAUGGAUCGAAAAUCAAAAAUCAUUUUAAGUGCACAUAACUCUUUUAAAUAGCAGUUAGACUACGCCUAGGUUUUCCAUUAUUAUGCGCACGCUUCAGUCCAAAAAUUGAAAUUCUUCACAUUCUCAUUGUUUAGAUCGAGACAUCACAAGCCAGAAAAAAGAACUCAAAACUUUUCUCCUAAGUUCAACUUGAGCGACCGCAACAACUUAAGAUCAGCAGAGAUCAGCAAAGAUCACAAGCGAAAAAAUGCUAAGAAACAAUAGCCCAGCCGUGAUAACAACCACAAAAUAGCCCAGCACAGACAAAAAACAAAAAAACAACAACCAACAACAAUAGCCCGAAAAUAAUUGAAACAAAAAUUGAAUAAAAAAAACAAAAUAAAAAUAUAAUUAAUUAACAGAAUUAAUUGACAUACAAAGUGGAUAAUAGAUGUAUCCAAAGCUCAGAUAAAAUCCAAACAACAGCCUAAAGUCGAUUGUACUUUUCUUUUUUCUAUCCACAAAUACAACCAACAAACAACAGCAGCAACCACAAUUUUAUUAAACAAUAGUACUACUCUUACUACAGAACUUAAAUAGCCACAGUAAAUAGAAAUAGCCACAGCAAUUAACUUUAAACAAGAAGCCCAAACACAGAUACAGAUACACACAGAACCGUUUCUUCAAAACAGAUUUGUAUUCAUAGCCACAUAACCGAUACAAUAGCCACUUAAUUAGGAUCGAUCAUAGCCAAGCAAUAGAAUCAGAUACAAACUCAGAAUCAGAAAUAGGAAAUCGAAAAUCGGAAAAAAGAAGCAGCACCAAAUCGAACUGCAAAGGCAAAACUAUUAUAUCAAUAAUAGAAAAAAAAAACAUAAUGAAUUAAAAACCAAACCAAUUUUUAUUUCAAUUAUUAACUUUAAAACACAACAACAGAUCCACACAGUUACAGUUACAACAACAACAAUAGCCCUAGAAAAAUAAUAUUCAUAAUUAAUCAAUCAAUCAAUCCGUAAAACCAACAACUUCAAUAGUUAUAAGCAAUUGGCAUUAAAAAAAGCAAAAAACAACCACAGAAAACUUAAAUCUUAGCCAGGCAAAAGUUUUGAGAAUAUUUUUCA